UGAAAAAAACCGCAGUUCGAGAUAUCUCGUUGGCGCGGUCAGUUCGAUAAAAAUCAGUCUUGGUAUUUGGGGUUGUCUUGGAUUGUCUUUUAUCCGAAAAAUCUGUAAUUUUUAAAGUCUAAAAAAGUGUUAAAAACAAGUUGAUGAAGAUUGUGGAAAUUACAAGUGUAAAGAUUGGCAUUUAGAUAGUUUUUCAUCUCUUAAGUUGAGUUGACAUCGAAACUUUUUUCGAUUGACAGUUCUCAUCUUCUAUACAAUCACCAACCACUAUUGGUUGGAAUGAUAAAUGGUAGUAAACAGCGGAAUGGUGUAUGAGGAGAUUGUGGGAGUUCGGGGCAGCUGACCCCAGCCCCCUCGGACGCUAUUCGUUCGCGAGAUGCCCCAUAAUUUAAAUACAACUUCUGCCAAUUCAGCGAAUUCGGGGCCCAAUCAUCAGGCUUGUCAUCCGCCUCAACCUUAUCAACGAAUCAGCGGAGAUGGAUUUCAACCCGAGAAAGAGCCGGUGGAUUUUGAAACAUCACAUUUACGAGGAGCACCAGCAGAGGUGGAAUCACUCGUUCACAAUAUCAAAGAAGUUGCCCAGCAAUUUCUCUAUCACUGGCGAACAUUUCCUAUCGCCCUGCCACCAUCUCUGUCGACAUGCACCGAUGGUGAUGACACAUUGGCUCGAAAAAAGCAUCAUUUGAGAGAUCUUUUCGUUGCACCUAGUUUCGAUGAAUUGGAUGCCGUUGCAGUGGACAUUAAAGGAGAGCCAAGAAGACUUACCAACAAACAAUUGGAGAGCAUUCGCGAAAGGGGCUUGCACAAGGAUAAGUAUGGAAAACCGAAGAAGCUGAAUGUCGUUCAAUUGGAAAGCAUUCGGAGAUGCGGAGAAUUUGAAGUUGAUUCAAUUAAUUUCCCCGGUCAGAUGCACCGAUGGAGAUUGAGUUCUCUUUUGCAACGAGGCAGAGAUCGAAGAAGAGAUGCUCUUUUAUCGGAUCUUGCUUUAGCUACAAGAUUUUUAGUUGUGACUGCAAAAGCAAGAUUAGUGUCCCAUUGUUUUAGUGUUUCACAGUCAUUCCGAGCAAUGUUGACUGGUCUUCUUAGGCUUCUUGAUAUAUUAGUUGGUGUGCCAUCGCUUCAAGCACAGAAUUUAGAUGCCAAAAUUCGUGAAGAAAGAUGUAGAUAUCUUGUUGCCGAAUUAGUUUGCAAAUCAGAGUACGAGGAUUCGCUCGAGUUACUUUGCGGUUUUGUUCGAAGACAACUUCGUCGUGCAACGAUGGAGAAGUUUGAAGUGGAAAGAGAGUCCUCUCAAUUGUUGCCUGUACCAGUUCCUUUUGUGUUCGGAACACCUGGAGGAGCUGCCGUUGAUCUUCGAUUAUUUUGCAGAGAUAUAAUUAGAAAAGCUUUGCCCACACUAGUUGCCAUUUUGGAGAGAGAAACGAGAGGCUGGUUUUUGCAUUUUAGAGAAAGACUCAUUUUGGAAUUGAGAGCGCAAAAGAAAACCGACGAAGAAAUCGAAAGAGAGGUAAACGAGGCUGUAAUGCGCGAAUAUUUGCAACGAGUUUAUUCAAGUAUAUUAUCACAUCCGGAUAUACAUGUAUUGGGCGAAGGAAUUGCACAGCUUCUUUUGCAACAGGCACAAUCUGUUGUCUUAAUGCAUAGAGCAGUUGAAAAUGUUCAACGAAAAUUAAAUCAAACCAAAGACACUCUUCGAAAGCACAUAGAACACGAGCAUCCAGUUUUGUCGCGAAUUGGUCCAUGGAUGCGUGACAGAAUGCGAGAAGCUGAAGCAAAUUUUAUUGAUGAGUGCGAAUGGAGUGCACAUGAAGAAGCACUUGCGUUGUGCAGUCAACAGAAUCUUCAGCAGACUGUCUAUUUUCUCAAUCGUGAUCUUACUUUUAUGCGAGAAAGAGAACCAGUUUUAUUGAAAGAAUUGCGAAAAGUGAAAACACCGACAAGAAGUUUUCAAUGGCCAACGCAAAUUUGGCUACCAAGAAAUUGGAUUAUUCGAAGAAGUUUUCAGGGACAAUCUGAAAUAAUUCCCACUGUUUUGAGUAAUACUCCAACUUCCAUCACGACUCCUCGUGCCGAUCCAAAUCAGCCAGUCUUCCUUGUUGAACGAGAAAUAAUACAUACGACAACAACGAGAUGGCCAAUGUGGCGCUGGAUAAAUUACAUUGCGAGAACUUGGUGUUGGACAUGGAAUGCCAUGUUUCUUUUGGGAGUUGCAGUACCAUGGUGCAGUCCUGUAUCGUUAAAAGCUCUUUUAUUGGUAGAACCAUUUACGCCUGAUUUGGAACUUAGCCAACUAAAUGGAACUCUCUUCCCACGAAAAUCGUCUCAAACUCCUACACUUUAUUCUCGAUUGACAACACUCUGGAGGCACAUUAGUAAAAGUCGAACGCAUUUUGAGACAGAGCCUGAUACUGGUUUUAUUGGAAAAGGAAUGACGAGACACAUAAAUAGAUUUUGGAAUUAUGGUGUUAAAGGUCUUCUAGGAACACUUGUGAUACUCUUCAUUUUUCCCGUUGUCUGUAUACUUAUCAGUUUUGGAUCCCUUUUCAUUGCUCUUACUGCAAUUAUGUGGAUGCCGUUAAUUACGUUAAUUUUACACUCAUUUAUGGCUUUGGUCGUUGACUUGGAUUGUCCGGAGCCAAAUCAAAAUCGCUACCUCGUCGUUUUGGAAGCUUUAUGUUGGAAUAUUGGUGUUCAGGGCUUUUUACAACCGAUUGCUGCAUUAUUCGUCGCUCUCUUCAUUUGUCCUAUUAUUUCUUUUACAAUAUUAACAGUGUCUGUGAUACGUUAUUGUAUUAGAGUCGUUUGGGAUACGUUAAUGUUUCAUCUCGUUAUAAAAAAUAGAGGGAGAAUUCCUGCAAGCGACAGUUUUGUUGUCAAACGAAUUGCUGGACCUGGUUUGGCAUCAGAUUAUUAUUAUCAAAUAAGACCGGAACAAGCGCUAGCAGCUUUCGAAGCGAAAUUGGAACUUGAUGAAUUGCUAGCAUUUCAACAGGAAAUGGAACGACUAAUAACUCAACCACAACGAGAUUUUACACAAUUUGUCGAGGCGUGUUUUGGUCCAUUUGCUGCGAGUCUUGCCAAAACGAAGGAUCCAUAUCGAACAUUGGAAAAAGAAGCGAGAAGUUUAAUUUCUGUUCUUCAUGAAAAACUUGAUCGUCGUAGAAAAGAUUUACAAACUGGUCUUGGUGUUGUGGUUCGAAGUAAAAUAAAAUUGGCUACUUAUGAUUUGAAGGUGAUAAUUCAACAAGGCGCGAUGAUGUUGGAACGUCUUUAUCCAUCACAUGUUCUUGCACGAUUGAUAACGAGUGAGGAUGAUUUUUGGGAGAAUAAAGGUUUAAGUGUUGGCGAUUGGGCAGGACUUGCCGGUCUAAUGUAUGCAGAAAUUUUUAGUCUCAAUUUCCUACAACCCCUUGACGAUACGGAUACAAAAUUUAAACUUGAACCACAUCCUGGAAUUGAUUUAACACGUUAUACGGAAAUGGUGCACAAUACUGAAUUGGGCGGAAUAAAUGGUCCUGAUCUUCUUGGCGCUGUUUAUGCACCACGUGGAAAUAUUCAAGUUCACAGUCCUUAUCUCGAGGUAUCGGCCUUUAAUCCAAAAUCGAAGCAACCAAGUAAUAGCAGAAAGUCUGAUAAAAGAAGUGAAAAUACGGGAUUAUUAACGUCAGCGAAAUUUCGACGUCGCACUCUUUCGAGAAAUGGCGAUUCUGAGGGUCGCUGGCAACCGUGGAAACGGCAAAUGCGACCCUACAGUGCAGAGAAACUUGUUAUUCCACUUCCAAUUCCACAUCCAGCGCACAUUGCCGUUACAAUUCAUAAUCGCGAUUCUGAGGAUCCAAUUCCUCUUGAUUCUGAAAUUUGUCAAAAUAUUCUUCGCGCUAUUGAAGAAUCACCAGGUGAAAUGGCAAUUGAAACUGUUAGUCGUUUUCGUGGUGGUGGUGAUUCGAGUUUUGAUUCAGUUGCAUCACAAUCGUCUGUGUCAAUUGACACGGGAUUGGAUAAAGCUGAUGAAACGCAAGAAAGUGGAAAUGAGGAAAAGGAGAGUGAAACCUAUCAUUGGACUCUCUCAAAUUGGGGUGGCGGUAUGACUAGACGAAGAAAUAAUUCUGGUUCAGUGAAAGUUGAUCUUGCUUCACCAGAGGAUGUUACUCUUGAUACUGAUACCACUAGAGUUAUGUUCAGCACAUACGGAACUACUGUUUGAAAUUUUUUGUAAUAUAUACACAAACACAAACGUUUAUUAUCAAGUGUAGCAUUUUUGGAAAAUAUGAGAUCAUCCUUUUCCUUUUUUAUACUUUCUGCGUUUCAUGGGGAAUUGUUAAGGAGAGUGAAAGAGUCUUUUCGAAUCAAUUUACACGAAAUAAUUUAUUAUUAACAAUGCAUUUUUGCUGCACUUGUUUUUUUAAAUAUUUUUUUUAAAGUAGAGAAAAAGACGCAAUUAUUUAGUUUUCUAUAGAUGUUUAUAAAUAUUUCUUAAUAGCUUUUUUUUUUUGAAAAUUUACGAAUAUUUGAUUUGAGACUUGUUUACUUUUUUUUACUGAUCGUA